CAAGAGCGGCAAGCUCUGGUGGAGGUGGCUGAGAGGCAGGUGGCAGGGGCGAGCCCAGCGGAGCGGAGGUCCGGGCCGCUGGAACCCCGCGCCGGGGCGCGAAGGUCAUCCCGAAAGGCGGAGCCCAGUUUUCAUCCUUUUGUAAGCUGUCACCAUGACCCUGACAAAAGGUUCCUUCACCUACUCCAGUGGGGAGGAAUAUCGUGGCGAGUGGAAGGAGGGCCGCAGACAUGGUUUUGGUCAACUGAUGUUUGCAGAUGGUGGCACCUACCUGGGUCAUUUUGAGAAUGGGCUCUUCAGUGGCUUUGGGGUACUGACCUUCUCAGAUGGCUCAAGGUAUGAGGGGGAGUUUGCCCAGGGCAAGUUUAAUGGCGUCGGAGUCUUCAUUCGACACGACAACAUGACCUUUGAGGGGGAAUUUAAAAAUGGCAGAGUAGAUGGUUUUGGCCUGCUGACUUUCCCUGAUGGGUCCCAUGGAAUACCCCGCAACGAAGGUCUGUUUGAGAACAACAAGCUGCUGCGGCGUGAGAAGUGUUCUGCAGUCGUUCAGCGGGCCCAGAGCGCCUCCAAGUCAGCCAGGAAUCUCACUGCCUGAUGGGUAUUGUGCACCAGCUGAUAAAUACUGGGUAAAGCAGAUGCCCUGGUAUUCACUUGAGGUGAACAAAUGAACCAGAGGUGAGAGGAGAUGACAUGACCUUGGAGCAGAAGCCUUAUGCUGUGCCCCUUCACCUUGCCAGUCAGGGAUGCAACCACAGAGAAGUUCUGAGGACUCUAGCCCCAGGCCCUGCAGUGGUUACCUGUUCUGUCUUUUCCUUGUGUCAUUGGUACUCUCUGUCCCUAAUACCUGGGGUUACCCAGUGCAGACCCGCCACUGCCUUCUACUUCCUUUUCUGCCCAACAACACAGUCUCUUCAAAUAUAUUUCCCCUGUGAAAGAUUAGGUAAAAGUGCCGUUUCCCUUUCCCUGACUGUAUAAGCUGUCUUCCUGACCUGAGUUCUAGCAGAUACUCCCCAUUUGUGCCUCUCUCCUUUGUUAGACAUAGGACAGGAUCUCUUUAUGGGAUAGUGAAGAAAGAAACUGAUGCAGUCAUCUUAUAACUUGUAUUUAUUACUUACUGUGGGGCAAAGGGCAGACCUCUCUGGGCCAUAUCAGGUCCUGCCAUGGAGUGAACUGAAUCCUUAGAGCUGACGUAGCUCCUUCCCUGUGGACCAGUAGUUUAGGUAGAACUGGACCCAUCCUAGAACCAUGGUGAACUAAAUGAGCAUUUGGUUCCUUGCAUUUGGUUCACUGUAACUCUUCCACCAUGAGCCUUGGCCGCCAGGCCUGGGGAUCAGAUCUUGACUGAUAGGAUCCCUGCACACUCAUCAUGGAGGCCUCCAGUUACCCUGUGACCUACACACUCUGCACUCCUCCCCACCCCCUUAUCCUCAUACUGAAUGUUUCCUCAACAGCAGAUUGUGGUGGAAAUUAUAGCCGUGUGCCUCUAUUUAGUCUCUGAAUUGUACUGUAGAAACAAGUGUUUAUGAGGAAUAAACAAACCAGAACUGCCUAUACUUCA